ACAUAGAAAUAAUGUGCGAGUGUAUCAAGCGCGGGAACUGAUUAAUAACACAUAACACAGCACAGACAGCGCACACACGGGUCACUGUAGUUUUUAAACUCUAGUGGGUCAAGGCAGAAAGUGAGCUCAGAACUGAGCAGAGAGCGCGCAGGCAACGGGACAGGUCCAGACGUUACCGACCGUACCCGAGCUAUCUCCGCCGCAGCUGUACUGGAGCUGAGCGGGCCGACAUGGACGAGCAGCCGCGCCUGAUGCACGCUCAUUCGGCCGUGGGGAUGAGCGUACUCCCCGGACUGUCUCAACACAUACCGGAGAACACCGGAGCGUUGGACGGCGACGGCAGAAAACAGGACAUCGGAGACAUUUUACAGCAGAUCAUGACCAUCACCGACCAGAGCUUGGACGAGGCGCAGGCCAGGAAACAUGCGCUAAACUGCCACAGAAUGAAACCGGCACUCUUUAACGUCCUGUGUGAAAUCAAAGAGAAAACAGUGUUGAGUAUUCGUGGUGCCCAGGAGGAGGAGCCUCCCGAUGCCCAGCUGAUGCGAUUGGAUAAUAUGUUGCUGGCAGAGGGCGUGUCCGGGCCAGAGAAAGGGGGUGGAUCUGCGGCAGCCGCGGCCGCAGCGGCUGCGUCGGGUGGAAUUGGAGCCGAUAAUUCAGUAGAACACUCCGAUUACAGAGCAAAACUUUCUCAAAUACGUCAGAUCUACCACACAGAGCUGGAGAAAUACGAACAGGCAUGUAACGAGUUCACAACUCAUGUGAUGAACCUGCUGAGAGAGCAGUCUCGCACGCGACCCAUCUCGCCCAAAGAGAUUGAGCGCAUGGUGAACAUCAUCCACCGCAAGUUCAGCUCCAUCCAGAUGCAGCUGAAGCAGAGCACCUGCGAAGCCGUCAUGAUCCUGCGAUCUCGCUUUCUCGACGCCAGGAGAAAAAGACGAAACUUCAAUAAACAAGCCACAGAGAUCCUGAACGAGUAUUUUUACUCUCAUCUCAGUAACCCGUAUCCUAGCGAGGAGGCUAAAGAGGAACUGGCCAAAAAAUGCUCCAUCACAGUCUCACAGGUGUCCAACUGGUUCGGAAACAAACGUAUUCGAUAUAAGAAGAACAUCGGAAAGUUCCAGGAAGAAGCCAACAUGUACGCAGCCCGAACGGCUGUCAGCGCCGCGAGUGUGUCGGCACAUGGCAGCCAGGCCAAUUCCCCGUCUACUCCAAACGCAGCAGGUUCUGCUGGCUCUUUUAACAUGUCAAACUCUGGCGAUUUAUUCAUGAGUGUUCAAUCUUUGAACGGGGACUCAUACCAGGGCUCUCAGGUGGGAGCUAAUGUGCAGUCACAGGUGGAUACCCUUCGCCAUGUUAUCAGUCAGACAGGAGGAUACAGUGACGGCCUCGUGGCAAACCAGCUGUACAGUCCACAGGGCAUCAAUACGAACGGUGGCUGGCAGGACCCCACCACCCCCUCCUCCGUCACAUCCCCCACAGAAGGACCCGGAAGCGUUCACUCUGACACCUCCAACUGAUCUCAGAACGGACUCUCUCCACCACACCAGACUGACUUAACCCGCCUCACACUUUACAUGCUCUUCUCUCCAGUGUGUAAAUGAAAACACAAAAGCUUAUAAUCAUCUUCACAAUAAUGUUUUUUAAUGCUACCUCUCAGACAUAAAUGUGUGACAUUAAUAAACAAAUAGUGACAACAAAUGGAACAAGACAAAGAGAAUAGGAAGAUUAGAGUAGAUAGUUCGAUAUGUCAACCCUGUUACAGAAGUGAUCGUUCAAUGCCUUCGUUAACAGAAGAGGCAUUAUGUCAUGUUUGAAACAUUUUGCAAUUUUACCAUAGUGCCAAAGUACUUUUAUACAUAAACACUCUUCAGUAACAUUUUACAUUACACAUAUUUAAAAUUUUUAUUUUAUUUGUAAUAGACAACAGAGAGUUGAUUGGUUUUACACUGCCUCAAGUAAAAUAAAAAUUGUUAAUUUGCAACAAAUAAUGGAUGGUCAUAAUUUUGCAGUUCAGUUUAUAAAGUUUAAAUAGAUUUGGUGUACCAAUUUGCAUUUAAUAUCUAAAGGUAAUUUAUUAUUUUUUUGCAUCUUAAAUGAAGGCGUUCAAUAAAUUCCUCCACAAAUAUGGAGGAUCUCUUUAUUGAAUUUCAUCACCGCACAUCAGAAUGCAAUAAAAGGCAAUCGUAGUUAACUAAUCCGAAAUGUAAAUAAUUUUUUCACAAGGUUGUUUCAUCCGGUUUCGUACCAUGUCAGCCUGCUCAUUGGGCUACCCUUAUACCAAAAACCACAGAUGUGUCCGUUCUUUACGUUAAUAUCACUUUAUUAACGUUGUUCAUGUUGUAAAUUGUGUAAUAUCAGCACUGGGAAGUGUUGUCCGCAAAAGUCCUGGUGCGUUAUUAUCAAAACCAAAAAUCCAGCUGGAAUUCUGUUGCGUUUCUUGAAAAAGGAAAAACAAACGAUGGCACAAAAAUGCAGAAAUCGUUCGGAUAUAUUUUUGAUGCCCUCCUGUUGUAAAUAGCCAAUUCUCGUUUCUUAUUUCAUAUUCGGCUUGUUUACAGGGCAACCAUAUUUCUUAUUUUUUUUCUUGCGAGCAUAAUGUGAAUUAGCCCAGGAAUGUGCGCUAGCUUCUAUAUGUAGAUAUGCACCUUUACUCUUGGUUUGCAUCUUUUGAUAAUAGUCACAUCCAUGUUCAUGUAAAAUGUUGAAAGCGUGGCUAUGAAUUCGUACGAUUUUGAGAUUUCAGGAUAUUCUCAUGCUCCUGAAAAUAUCAAAUAAUAAAUUCUCCAAUGGUAAAUACAAGAUCAGGUCCACAUUUAUUGCAUUUAGAAAUGAGGUGCCCUUUGCUCACAACAUUCACUGCCUGCCCAGCAGCACCGUAUUGAGAAAAGCUUCAUAUAAUGAUGCUUUUAGUUUUUGCAUACAAAGCCGUUUGUAAAACAUCAAAUGUUUACUUUGUUGCAUGUCUUUCGUUCUUUAAAAUCCUGCAGUGUUUUUGAAUAUUUCUCUUUUUAUAUAUUAAGUGCAGAGACAUUCUCUUGUCAAGUUUUAACUUUGAAGAUCUCUGCAUAUGUAUAAAAGGAAUAAAAUGGAACAGCAAACUAAUGUCUUUUCGAUUCCAACUAGUUUUUUUGUGAAAAAAAAAGGUGUAGGGUUUUUAGUUUUUUUGGUCUCUUAAUUUGUACUGGUAAUGCAUAUUCUGAAUAAAUAGUUU